UUUGACAAAACUGAAGCCAGCCGCUGAAUGCAAGGCGUUUAAUAAACGGUCAAGUUUCGCGGUAAUAAACAAUUAUACUGAAAUAAAAUGCCACCAAGAAAAAGAGAAAAAGAUCCCGAUGCGGUGAAAACCCCGAGAAUCGAUCAUAUACAAGCGGAUCACGAGUUAUUUUUACAAGCUUUCGAAAAACCCACUCAAAUAUACAGAUAUUUACGUACGAGAAACAUGUGCUUGCCUAUAUUUCUUAAUAGAACUCUAACUUAUAUGAAACACAGGAUGUCUCGAAAUAAUAAAGGACGACAAGGAUUUAAGGUAGAUUCUCUAUUGGAAAAAGUUUUAAAUAAAAAAGAUACGAUGUGUAUACAACCGGGUUAUAUAAAUUUAACAUUCUUAGGUUUUAAUAAUAAAUCUUUAGAUUACGACGCUCAAAUAGCGCAAGUCGAGACUGUUUUAUUAAAAAUUAGUCAUAAAAAACGUAAAGAUAGUUCGGCGCCUAGUAUGCAAGUGACUUUAGGAACGGCAGAUGUUCCUAUUAACCCCAAUGAACAAGAUUUACCUCUAACAGCUCCCACAAUUAGCAUCCCAACCGAAUCUUUUAACCCCUCGAGUGGCCCCCUAGUGAAAUCGUAUAUUUUAUUAUUUCGGGUAAAAGUGACGCAGGAAAAGGAGUUUGACGAUGAACCGGCGUCGAAAAAGCGAAAAUCUAACAACGCGAGUGAUAAUUCGAAAUUGUACGGUGCCGAACUUACAGUUUAUGACAAACAUAAUCGUUGUUAUUUGAGUGACGGUGAUUACGAUAUCGUCGUACAAGAUUUUUCUACUAAUACCAAAAAUUCGAUAAAAAAACAUUCGAGUUGGGAGAACGUAAACGAUCUAGUGGAAACUUGUGGUAAUUUGGACGCUUUUAUGAAAGGAGCCGUGUUAAAAUUCAAAUUGAAUUGGUCACCGGAAGCUUCCGCCAAAAUCGUAGAUAGACCUCAACCGUAUCCUUUACAAGAAAAUAAAGAAAAUCUACCUCAAGUUACAAAUAUGGAUACGGAAAAAUUACAAAUCGUCUAUCAGUUCGUUUAUAACAAUAAUUCUCGUCAACAAACUGAAGCUUGCGAAGAUUUACAUUGUCCUUGGUGUAGUUUGAAUUGCAAUCGAUUAUAUACGUUAUUGAAACAUUUGAAAUUGUGUCAUUCGCGAUUUACAUUCACCUACGUUCCGAUUUCGGUGGGCGCGAGGAUCGACGUGGCUAUAAACGAGAUGUACGACGGUUCUUAUACGGGUUCGCCCCACGAUUUAAUCUCCCAGCCGACGGUUUGCGCUUUUUCCCGAAACGGCCCGAUCCGCCGCGCAUCCGUAACGCAUAUAUUGGUAUGUCAUCCGAAACGACCGAAAGCGAGUUUAUCCGAAUUUCUCGAAUUGGACGAUUGCGAAUUCGAUGGUCAACGACCGUUCAUCACGGGACAUAAUCGAUUGUAUCAUCACACGACUACUUGUUUACCGAUUUAUCCGAAGGAAAUGGAAAUCGAUUCCGAAGGGGAGAACGAUCCCGAAUGGCUACAAAAUAAAACGAUGAUGAUGAUCGACGAAUUUACCGAUGUUAACGAAGGGGAAAAGGAACUGAUGAAAAUGUGGAAUCUACACGUGAUGAAAUACGGUUUCGUUGGCGAUUGUCAAAUACCGUUAGCUUGCCAGAUGUUCGUUAAACACAAAGGUCGGGAAUUGUUAUUGAAAAAUUUGUAUAGAAAUUUCGUUGUUCAUAUGACGAGUUUGUUCGAUUUCGGUUUGGUUAGCGCCGUUUGUCUUUAUACGAUUUUGCAAAAGUUACAAGAAUUGGUGGGGGAUACGGGUCCGAUUCGUAAUAUACUUAAAGAAUCUAGGGAGGCGCAAAUAGAUAAUUGGUCGCGAAGCGGAAUUAGCGAUAAAUCGAAAACGCCGAAUAUCGGUAGGAAAGCCGGAAAUGUCGGUAAUCAAAGAAGGAAGGGGGCACCUUUGACUCCGCAAUGUGAUAGUACAGUUAGACGUAAAUCGAUUUGCGCCGGCGAGACGUCGAGGAAAAGACUCGUAACUGUUAAUAAAAGUGACCAAAAAUCUAGUUAAUACUUUUAUAUUUGGAAAAAUAAUUUACACCAUUUCUUAUCGAAAUAAUCGAUUUUAUAUGAAAUCGAAUCGAAAUUUAUAUUUACUCGAUAAAAAUCGAUGUACGUUAUAUUCGAACAACGUUGCGGGUUUUAAAAAUACCUUGGAUGUUUAGGAACGUUUCUACUGUGUUUGUGUUUCAAGUAAAUAAAUUUUUUGAUAGGGGCGACGGGCGCAAUUUGUUUGUAGAAAUGCGAAAGGCAGUUUCCAUAAAGUGAGGCCCAAUUUUUGAAAAUUUACGUACACAAAAUGAAAACUUUUGCACUUUAUAAUAGUCGAACAACGUUGCCAAACUAUGAAAAAUACGUUAAAUUAUGGAUUUGAAAUUUUUUUAUCAAAAUGGCCUACUGGGUUCGUAUUUUUCUAAUUAACUAAUUUUUUUGGGGGGGGGGUGCGAGUGGCGCAAUUUCUAUGGAAAAUGUACCAUUUUUUAUCAUAAUAUCCUUCUGUGUUCGUAUUUUUCGGAAAAAAUCCUUUAAAAGGGGGGCGAGUGGCGCAAUUUCUUUGCGGACAUUCAUUUGGGGAAACAGUUUUCACAAAUUUUCCAAUUCCUUGGAAAAUGAUCGAUUUUUUAUCAUAAUAUCCUUCUGUGUUCGUAUUUUUCGGAAAAAAUCCUUUAAAAGGGGGGCGAGUGGAGCAAUUUCUUUGCGGACAUUCAUUUGGGGAAACAGUUUUCACAAAUUUUCCAAUUCCUUGGAAAAUGAUCCAUUUUUUAUCAUAAUAUCCUUCUGUGUUCGUAUUUUUCGGAAAAAAUCCUUUAAAAGGGGGGCGA